AGAUGGAGCAAAGGGGAGGAGAGAGGAGAGGACGGUUGGGAAGGAGGCACAGAGGAGCUGCACACAGCUGUGAGAUGCUGUUGCAGCUCUGAGAACAAGAGCUGCAUGGGAAGAGUCAUCACUGGGAAUACAGAUGGAAGCUGAAAGUGGAACACGAACGAUUGGAAUGUCGGAGAGUCGACACCAAAGAGGAGAAUUCAUUUGAUAAGAGACUCUUGGGCAGCGUGGAGAUGUAUGCCUUUUACUCCCUUUUGGUCUACAUCUUCUACACUGUCUUUAAGAAGGAGGAGGAGGAGGAAGCCUUGGAAGGGGCGUGUGGAGAUUCCCCAGAUGAGCCAGGACCUGUUUCCAUGGAAACAAGGAGCAGGAGGAGAGAUGGCCACACCCCCAAAGUGGGAAAAAAAGCUUGUGCUCGCUUUAGUGAAUCAAGCAGCAGCAGUGACACAGAUGAAAUGAGCGAUGAAGAUGUGGAAGACACCCCUGACAUCCCAGCUUGCACUCCUCUGGCCGCUUUUCUAUCUUUCAAGCAGGAUGCUGAGAAGAGAAGAGCUUCCCAGGUUCAACUCGAAACAACAGGAAAGUUGGCAGAGUCUCCCCUGGUGGCAGUGAUGUCCCACUUGCUGAGUUUUCUGGAGCAGUACUCCCAUUUCCAGCAACUGCAGCAGCAGGCUGACCAGUACCGGGUCCAGCUGAAGAGGCACCGAGUCCAGCACCGCCGCCAGAUGAAGGCUCUCCGAGCCUCCUACCGCCAGCGUCUCCGGGACAAGAACAGCAUCAUCAGCAGUCUGGAAGAGGCCAUCAGCCAGCAACAGUGCCCCAGUCCACUGAGCGAGGGUGAGUCUAGUAGUGAUGAAGGGGCACAAGCUGGGGUUCACAGGCUGGUGCAGUCCCUGCACGGCCUGCAGGGUGAGAGGAGUAGGCUGAGAGGAGAACUCCGUCUGCUGCACUCCCAGCUGGAGCAGAAGGAAAGGGACAGACACUCUCGAAUACAAACCUUUCAACAGCAGAUUGAUGAGCUGAAGAGCUGCAUCGAGGAGCGUGAGGAGGAGCUGUCAAGACUGAGAACAGCCACUGGGGCCACAGACUCGGAGAAGCGGGUCCUGUGUCUGUCAGCAGAGAAUGAGAGUCUGAAACAGAGCCUGAGCGUAACUCAAGGCCUCCUGCAGCAGCUCUCAACCAUCCCCUCCCAGUCGAGCACCAUGCUCAUCAAGGAAAAUGAGAACCUCCGUGGCAGAGUGCAGCAGCUGGAGCUCUCCCUACAGCAGCGUGCUGAGCAGCUGUCGCAAAUGGAGCGACGGAGUGAACAAAGCGAGUGGAGAAGAGGCGAGGAGCUGAGGAAGAGAGAGGACAGAGUGAGAGACCUACAGCUGGAGUUGGAUAGAGAGCGAGGCAAGGAGCCCAUUAUUAAGUAUGUCACGCAGACCGUGGAGGUGGAAUCUCCAGCCACAGUAAAGCAGCUAACCAAAGCCAGACAGAGGAAUGAGUUGUUGUCCGAAAGGCUGUCCGGUCAGAAUGAGCGGUGCAAACAGCUGGAGGAACAGAUCAGGAAGUCAGACGAAUACAGCUGUAAUCUGCAACACAAGAUUGCGGCGUAUGAACAAGAAAUCAGUAAACUGAAAGAGGAGCUGCUGAAAGAGAUCGGCCACUUGGAGGAGAGGAAGGAGGAGGCUGUGAAGGCUGCUGCAAACUGCUCAGCAGAACACUUUCAGAACCUGCAGGACCAAUUCUUCAGCUUGCAGAAGCGUCUGACAUCACUUCCUCCAACUUUACGCUCUAUGAAGACAGACUACGCCAGCCUGAGGAGCCAGGUUCGAAAUUUCUCAGAGUUUUAUGGAGCAGCUAUCAGCGAAGCAAAAAAACAGAUUUCAGCUGCUAUUAGUGAGAUGUCUGAAGCCAACAAAGAUCUCCUGGAGAAAUACAGGAAAGAAGUCGCACUGCGCAGGAAGUAUCACGAGCAGCUGGUGGAGCUUAAAGGCAACAUUCGCGUGCUGUGUCGCGUGAAGCCAGUGCUAAAGGAGGACCAGCACGGAGAGGACCACUCGGUGGUCGUGACGACGGACCCCAACAACGAGUCCUCGCUCUCGGUGCUGAGCAAAGGAAAGGCUCGCAUCUUUGAAAUGGACAAAAUCUUCCACCCACAGUCCACACAGGAAGAGGUCUUCCAGGAGAUUGAACCUCUUGUGACGUCCUGCAUCGAUGGAUACCACGUCUGCAUAUUUGCUUAUGGACAGACGGGCUCUGGAAAAACCUACACUAUGGAGGGUACUGUGGAAAACCCAGGUAUCAACCAGCGAGCACUGAAACAUCUCUUCAGUGAGAUUGAGGAGAGGAAGGACAUGUGGUCUUACAGUGUCACAGUCAGCUCUGUGGAGAUCUACAAUGAGGUGCUAAGAGACCUGCUGAGUAAAGAUGGAGAGAAACUGGACAUAAAGAUCAAUCCGGAUGGAACAGGACAGCUGCACGUGCCGGGCCUCAGGGUCAUCGAAGUAAAGAGCUUUCAGCACAUCAAAAAGAUUCUAGCAACAGCCCGAAGGAACAGGAUUACCUUUGGCACUCAGAUGAACCAGCACAGCUCCCGCUCCCAUGCCCUGCUUUGUAUCACUGUUCAGGGCACUGACCUCGCCACUGGUUCCAAAACCACAGGCAAGUUGAACCUGGUGGACCUGGCUGGCUCGGAGAGGGUGUGGAAGUCCGGUGCAGAGGGAGAGAGGCUGAAAGAGGCCCAGAAUAUUAACCGCUCUUUGCUGGCACUGGGAGAUGUAAUUCAGGCACUUAGGGCUCGGCAGACACACAUCCCCUUCAGGAACUCCCGUCUUACUUAUUUAUUGCAAGACUCCCUGGGAAAGGGCAGCAAGACUGUCAUGGUUGUGCAGGUUUCUGCUCUGGAGAGUAAUGUGGGAGAGACCUUGUGCUCGCUGAAGUUUGCUCAGAGGGUGUGCAAGGUGGAACUGGGUCCUGCUGCCAGGAAGAUUGAAUCGGGUGGAGGACAGUGUGACUGACAGCCUUGAACCACUAGCAAUGAAUGAAUCAGUCAGUACCAGCAAAUGAAAACUCCACACUAUCAACAAGAUUACGAGCAAUCGUGCUCAAGGGCUAAAUCUGCAGGCGUCUACUUGGCACCAAAUGCCAGCCUGCAAUCAAGGUUAAGUAUUGAGGAUUUUAUUCUCCGCUUUGCCAUUUUCUGCUUCUGUUCCCUUUAUUAUUGUUAAAAUCUGCAUGCAGGCGUAUUUAUUCUUCCACUCCGAGUGCCAAAACAUCAUCUAACUCGUCCCACUGUCAGAACUUUGAUGCUUCCUCUGAUCACUCUAGCUCAGUUUCUUAAAUGCAAAAAUCCAGGAUCUGUCGUUUCCUGUGAUCAUCAGUGUUUAGAGCUACAAACCUGCUCAUACAGGUUUGAUAAGCUUCCAGAGCCACAAUAUCAGCACUUCACUUUUUGCAGUAUUAGUCAUUCUGCUAUAAAUGUCUGUAGUUUGUAGGCUUCGUCGCCAGUGUGGUAUAUUUUUGAAGGUUGUAGUGUGUAGGAGAGUC